AUGCCUCCAGGUUCUUUACCUGCAGCGACCUGGGUCGGUGGAGGCUACCUCAACGGAACGGCCGAGGCUGUCUACACUGGCGGUAUCGUACACUGCUAUGCUCCAAUCGGGUACGCCGUCAGCCUCAUGCUCGGUGGCUGUCUGUUCGCGAAGAAGAUGCGAAGGGCUAACGCCAUCACCAUGCUGGACCCUUUCCAACAGCACUACGGCCGUUGGAUGGGCCUGUUACUCUGCCUGCCAGCCGUGUGUGGCGAAGUUUUCUGGACAGCUGCGAUGCUGGCGGCGUUAGGUCAAACGGCCGGCGUCAUCAUGGAGGUGAACUCUGCUAUAUUCGUCGUCGCCUCGGCGUCGAUCAUCUUCUUCUACACUGCAAUGGGUGGCUACUACUCGGUCUCGUACACCGACGUCUUCCAGAUAAGCAGCACAGCCGCGUUCCUGUGGAUAUGCGUGCCUUUCGCGGCAAAGAGCCACGCCAUCAACGCCCUACGGCCUCCUCAUAACAAUUGGAUCGGUGAAGUCUCGUUGAAAGACGCUGUGAGCUUCGUGGAUGGUUUUCUGGUGACCGCCCUGGGAGGCAUACCAUGGCACGUCUACUUCCAACGAGUCCUUGGCAGUGAGAGUCACUUUGCUGCCAGGAUGUUUUCGUACCUAGCUGCCAUAGGAUGUCUGUUCUUGGCCCUGCCACCAGCGAUCCUCGGAGCCAUGGCCAAGACCGCAAGUAAGUCGCUCUACUUACUAUGUAAACCAAUUUGUACCCUUAAGGACUUCACGGCGGUCGGCUACCCGGGACGGGCCAUCCUGCGCGACCGAGACAGCUUGCGAGAGCUGCCUUUCUCGAUCCGCUACCUGACGACGCCCGCGGUCUCCGUGCUGGGCAUGAUCGGCAUCCUGGCGGCGGUCAUGUCGUCCGUCGACUCGUCCAUGCUCAGCGCCUCCGCUAUGGUCACCUCGAACGUCUACCACGCGCUCAUACGGCCCAAGGGGAGCGAUGAAGAAAUCAAGCUCGCUUUGGACAGAAGACCCGAGCACCGCGGGAAAUACAGCGAGACUGACACAAACCGCAAGCCCGAGCAGAGUACCAAGCGCGGCCACACGGGCAAGGCGUUCUUUCGGAAGCUGAGCGAGGCCAAGGGAAGCGUCGAGAGUGCUCGCACUAGCGAGCGCACUCACGCUUCUUCUCGCAGCACCUUCAGCUCAGCCAGCAAGAGCAGCGUGGGCAACCCGCGGCAGAAGUAUCGGCUAAAAGAGCGCGGCGCGCUUGCGAAGCAAGCAGCGGGGCACCUUUGUCGCCUGGUACCAGCAGAAGAGGAGGCUGAAGCCAGCAGCGAGAAACAUGAUACAGCUGCUUGUUUCAGAAGUCAAACUGCUGGUGCCAGCAGCCGGAGGACGCUGCAAACAACUUUAGUUAGUGAUGUUAGGCAGCGCAUAUUUGGUGCCUGAUGCCUGUAAAUAGUACGCGCUGGUACUAGCUAAUUAGAAUUUGAUAUAAUUAAUAAAUGCGGCAUUGACU